CCCCAUCAAACCUCUCGCUCACGGCUUACCUUCUAGUACAGUUAUAUGCUCCCGUUUUCCGUCCACGCUCUAUAGAACUUUCUUUUUCUCCUGUCCUUCUCACUCAAAUCACGUGCUUUACAUCGGGGCGACUUAGGCUCACGUAAGCCAUGAGCCUCCCAACUUUCAACGUCUACCCUCCAAGGCUUCCGCUGUUCGUCUAUCAUCCCAACCAUGGAUUUUCCGAAGAUGAAUCAUAGAGCAGAUAAUACGUCGUCGGGCGGAGUAAGAAGAAAGGCUCGAUACCCGAGGAAACUGACGGAGGAGAGGAGGAUUCAAAAUAGAGAAGCUCAGCGGACGUAUCGCGAGAGACAGAAAAAAAGGGUCCAGGAACUAGAGAAUCUUGUAGCCGCAAACGCGCAAACUCCGUCGGGUCCACAUUCUCAAUAUGACUCCUUGCCAGAACGAGUCGCAGAGCAGGAAGCUCGCGCUGAGAGAGCUGAGACUGAAGAGGCUGUUGAGACUCAACCUCGCCCAGACAGUAGCACCAAUGUGGAACAGCAUGCUGAAGAGUCCCUGGCCGUGGAAGACCCGCAGUCAGGGCUAGAGUCCUUAUGUCCAGCAAUGGCACACCAUUUCAAAAGCCUUCCGCCGGACACGACGGAUACGCCAGAAGACCCAUCACGUCAGCUCAACGGACCAAAACGUUUCCGAUGUUUUGAUUACGUACACUUAGACCCAGCAGACCAAUCUGAGGCCGAUGACCACCCGGAUGAAGCACCCGGAUCGCCCACAGCGCGUGAAGACGCGUUCGAUCGAGAAGAAGCAGACAGGGCUUCACACAUCUAUUGCUCCCGAGUACACGACGCAGCCCGAGAACAGAGAUCUAUAGAUCUCAGCCACUACCAGCAAGAGCCCACAGACACCCCAUCUUCUUCUACGCUACCAGAUACCUCCGACACCGCCCUCAGCGCCCUCUUCACCCUAUUUCCCCUCCCACAAACCCCAGAAACUACAGCCCUCAUCCACACUGCCAUCUCCCGCAAGCUCGGCAUCCAAGACCUCCUCCUCGCGGGCCUGCGCUCCCUCCAAGACGCUUCUCAGCCUCAACCACCCACACCCGCCCCUUCCACCGUAUCCCAAACCACCACCUCCUCCUCCCUCUUGCCCCUCUUCCCCUCCCACCACCCAACCAUCCGCCUAACGCCCUACCCCGCCAUGACCGCCUACGCCACCAAUGCGGCCAUCAUUUUCCCCUCCGUCCCCUUGCUCGCGUCCUCGGGCUGCCCCAGCCCUUUCCACAACUCUUCCAUCACCCCCGAAGAACUUCCAGGUGUGUUAGCGAGCUAUGCGCAUAUUCCACCCGACCUGCGCCCGAUCGCGACCCAGCUCACCGUAAGACACCAUCCGGUUAUCGAUCUGCUGCCGUUCCCCGUAAUGCGCGAGCGGUUGCUGGAGCUGGUGCAGGGGGAUAAGUUGGAGUUUGCGAAGCUGAAGCGGGAUUUGUUGGCCAAUGGAAUGAUUUGUUGGCGUGGUGGGAGCGGGUUUGUGGAAGGGGGUAUGCCGUGGGAGGGGCGUAGUUGGGAGGCCAAGGGAUGGUUUCUGAAGCGGUGGGAGUGGGUUGUGGGGGGUAAAGAGGGGGAGGUAUGGAAGGGGGGAGUCUGGUGGAGGGGUGUGCAGGGGGAGGAAGUGUGA